AUGGAUGUUCUUUCUGCUGCUGAUGCUCCCCUGGUCUCAGCUAUCGGGUUUGAGGGCUAUGAGAAGCGCCUUGAGAUCACAUUCUCUGAGGCACCUGUCUUUGUCGACCCUCAUGGGCAUGGUUUGCGUGCCCUCUCCAGGGCCCAGAUUGACUCUGUUCUGGAUCUUGCACGGUGCACAAUCGUGUCAGAGCUCUCCAACAAGGAUUUUGACUCCUAUGUCCUCUCUGAGUCAAGCUUGUUUGUCUAUCCUCUGAAGAUUGUCAUCAAGACCUGUGGCACUACCAAGCUCCUGCUCACUAUUCCAAGGAUCCUUGAGCUUGCUGAAGAGCUGUCUAUGCCACUUGCUGCUGUGAAGUACUCCCGUGGGACGUUCAUCUUUCCUGGCGCACAGCCAGCCCCCCACAGGAGCUUCUCUGAGGAAGUUGCUGCACUUAACCGCUACUUUGGCGGCCUGAAAUCUGGUGGUAAUGCUUAUGUGAUUGGAGAUCCAGCAAGACCUGGACAGAAGUGGCAUAUCUACUAUGCUACUGAGUACCCAGAGCAACCAGUGGUUAACCUUGAGAUGUGCAUGACUGGUCUGGACAAAAAGAAAGCUUCAGUCUUUUUCAAGACUAAUGGUGAUGGUUACACAACAUGUGCCAAGGAAAUGACGAAGCUCUCUGGUAUCUCUGAAAUUAUCCCUGAGAUGGAGAUUUGUGAUUUUGACUUUGAACCCUGUGGCUACUCCAUGAAUGCGAUCCAUGGCUCUGCAUUCUCCACAAUCCAUGUGACGCCUGAGGAUGGUUUCAGCUACGCCAGCUACGAGGUUAUGGGCUUCAAUGCCACUGCUCUGUCUUAUGGUGACCUUGUCAAGAGGGUCCUUGGGUGCUUUGGCCCCUCGGAAUUUUCUGUUGCUGUGACUAUCUUCGGCGGCCGUGGCCAAGCUGGGUCAUGGGGAAAGCAACUCGGUGCAGAGGUUUAUGACUGCAACAACAUGGUGGAGCAGGAGCUGCCUGGAGGCGGACUCCUCAUCUACCAGAGCUUUUGUGCUGCUGCUGAAGACGCUGUUGCUACCUCGCCCAAAUCUGUUCUUCACUGCUUCGAUGGGGAGAACACGGAGAAUGCUCCUCCUGUGAAGGACCGCAAACUGGCUAAUCUUCUCUGCUGGGAGGAAGUGGAUGCCGCGGAGGAGAAGGAUGGAGUGCUUGAUUGA